AAAUCAAUGAAUUGCAGCAUCUUCUCUUAUUAUGUUGAAUAGACUUUGCCAAAUUAUGUUCAAAAGAAAUUGGAUGAAUGCUUUGUACAAUUGAGUAAUAAUUAAAACAUAAUAAUGUGUGUUGAGAUGAUAUGCGAAUAGAUUGAAUUUUGCCGGAAAUUAUGCAAUCGGUUGUAAGCACAUAAAUAAUUAUUGAUAUUGACAAAAUUAUUGGAACAUCAAAUCUAUCCGAUAAAAGAUGCUGAAAAAAAUAAUACAUAUCUGCUAUCACUAUAGGAUGUGUACGUAUUUCAAAUAAUACUCAGAAUGCUUUGUAUAAUGAUUUAAUUUGAGUCAAAAAAAUAUCAUGAUAAUUUUAAUGAUGAUUAUAUAGAAAAGUAAGAAAUAUUUAAUAAAUUUCAGAUUUAGCAACGAUUUAGUUAAGGGUUUCUUAAUAUUAAGAACUAAUUAAGCAAUUUAAUUAGAUCUCUAAUUUCUAGAAAUGUUUUUAAAAUUGAAAUCAAGGUCUGUUCUAUUUUACAGGUGUUUGAUAAAAUAGUGUGAAUAAUUUUAAUUGAGAAAUUGUUAGUCGACAUUAAGAAAGCAAAAAUUGCAAUUAAAAAAAUAACAAUCGGAAUAGAUCAUUGAAAAGAGACGUCAAAUUGAUACCAUAAAGCAAGAAUCUAAAGGAGAAUGUUCCAAUUCAUUUUUUGAAUAGAAUGAUUUUAGAAUUAAAGAUAAAAGAUUACAAAUGAUAAUGAAUGUAAAAUAACCUAAAUAGGAAUAACAAUAUUUGUCAUUCCAAGAUGUACUCAAAUAAAAAGAAAACGCUAAAUUUGUGAAUACAACAGAGUCUACUUUAAGUCGUCCAUCUUUAAGUAAAAGAACAAUCAAUGGUGGUAUUAAUGGAAAAUACAAAGUAAAAUAUUGUUUAUUUAAUAUUAAGUUAGGGAGUGAGAUAAAAGUUCUACGAAAGACUACUUCUUCAAGCAAUAAAAAAAAUAAUAAAGCUGAAAUGCAACCAUUUUAAAUUUUAUAAUAAUAAUACUAAUUGGAAUUUUGCAGAGAGGUCAGUAGGAAGCUGUUGAAAUUGGAGGAGAAGAAGAAAAUGAAUUGGAAUAGUGAGUAUUUGGCUGCAGAUACAGAAUCUGAUAGUGGUUUUAAUUGA